CAUUGUCUGCGGAGGCGACCAAUCAGCGAGCGCGGCGCACGGCGGCCGCCCAUUGGCUGCGCGCCGCUGGCCCCGCCUACCGCGGCCGGCGGGCGCUGUCCAGUGCUGAACGCGCGGCCGCCGCCAUGAGCGGGGGGGUCUACGGCGGCGAUGAGGUCGGGGCCCUGGUGUUCGACAUCGGCUCCUUCUCGGUGCGCGCUGGGUACGCCGGGGAGGACUGCCCCAAGGCAGACUUCCCCACCACCGUGGGGCUGCUGUCCCCUGAGGAGGUGGCCCUGGAGCUGGAUGGGGACAAGGACAAGAAGGGGGGCAAGGUCUAUUACAUCGACACCAACGCGCUGCACGUGGCCCGCGAGGGCAUGGAGGUGCUCUCGCCCCUCAAGAAUGGCAUGAUCGAGGACUGGGAGUGCUUCCAGGCCAUCCUGGACCACACCUAUGGGAAACACGUCAAGUCGGAGCCGGGUCUCCACCCCGUCCUCAUGUCCGAGGCCCCGUGGAACACUCGUGCCAAGAGGGAGAAACUGACGGAGCUGAUGUUCGAGCACUACAACAUCCCGGCCUUCUUCCUCUGCAAAACGGCCGUGCUCACCGCCUUUGCCAAUGGGCGCAGCACGGGGCUGGUCCUGGACAGCGGCGCCACGCACACGACCGCCAUCCCCGUGCACGACGGCUACAUCCUGCAGCAGGGCAUCGUCAAGUCGCCACUGGCCGGGGACUUCAUCUCCAUGCAGUGCCGGGAGCUCUUCCAGGAGAUGAACAUCGACAUCGUGCCCCCAUACAUGAUUGCCGCCAAGGAGCCGGUGCGGGAGGGGGCUCCCCCCAACUGGAAGAAGAAGGAGAAGCUGCCGCAGGUCUCCAAGUCCUGGCACAACUUCACCUGCAAUGAGGUGAUCCAGGACUUCCAAGCCUCCGUUCUGCAGGUCUCAGACUCCCCAUAUGACGAGCAGGUGGCCGCUCAGAUGCCCACAGUUCACUAUGAGAUGCCCAAUGGCUACAACACAGACUAUGGGGCCGAGCGGCUCCGCAUCCCCGAGGGGCUCUUUGACCCCUCCAACGUGAAGGGUCUCUCGGGGAACACGAUGCUGGGUGUGGGGCACGUGGUCACCACCAGCAUCGGGAUGUGUGACAUCGACAUCAGACCAGGUCUCUAUGGCAGCGUCAUUGUCACCGGGGGGAACACGCUGCUGCAGGGCUUCACCGACCGCCUCAACCGGGAGCUGUCACAGAAGACACCUCCAAGCAUGCGCCUGAAGCUGAUCGCCAGCAACAGCACCAUGGAGCGGCGCUUCAGCCCCUGGAUCGGGGGCUCCAUCCUGGCCUCCCUGGGCACGUUCCAGCAGAUGUGGAUCUCGAAGCAGGAGUACGAGGAGGGGGGGAAGCAGUGCGUGGAGCGCAAGUGCCCCUGAGCGCGCCCCAAUAAACGCCUUCGAGCGCAG